UACAACUUUUCUUCUAUGACACUUUAUUCUGUUAACAAGCAUGGUCAGGUUUUGAUUUAAUAAUUUAGAAGAAACACGAGUCCUAUUUACAUGUUCUAUAUUUUACAGUUACAGAUAGUGAUUAUAUAUUUGUGUCCGGUGGGGGAUUGUUUUGGAUCAGUUCCUUAAACUCAUUUGCUUGGCCUGGAGCUGACAGAGCACAGAGACGCUGGUUUCUGCCAAGAUCUCCUUGUGUGUACUAUCAUGAGAGUCCAAGACAAACUCCUGUGGAGGUCUCUACCAGUGAAGGGUCAACAGCAGUAGACACGAGGCCCAUAGUGGUUUGGGGUUAAAAGUUAACUUAAACCUCAUCAUGAACAGACCCCACCUGGCUCAACUUCCUGAAUUUGUUCGUCAUUCACCCCAUGCAACGUUUGUGAUCAACGCAUGAACUCCGGGUUGUGAAACAACUGGAACUUUAGAGCAGCGCCCCUUUCACUGUUCCUCCUCCUGUGCCUUCCUUUUUUUUUGUCUCUCCCCUGACUGUCCCCCCUCCUUCCCCUGCCAACUCCCCCCAAACUCUGAGCUCCUCCUCUGCUGAAAAGACACAUUUCCUCAUUACUAAAUCAAAAUGCUGCUCGGCAAACAGAUGUUGUGAGAGGCCCAACAUGUGGAUUCAGUGACAUAAAUUAACAAGUUGGUCGUGAGAAAACAUGAACUUCACGUUCCAUUUUUCAUCCAAUCAAUGAAACCACCUCUCUCGCAUUGCUCUUUAAAGUGGUGACAGUGAGAAACUACCGUACAGAUGUAGCACGAGCUUCUCAUGACAUAAAACAAAACUAAAGUUUCCCACACUCAUUGUGGAAAUAUCAGUUAGUUGGCUUUUGAAACAGCUGGUCAGCUCUGACUAAUAACUCCUUCUUUCUUUAUUAAUUAACCCAAACAUGAAAUCAUGGCUGUCUGCACAGCACACCCUGCAGAGUCAUGAUUACAUCCACCCCAAAAAGCUAAGCCCUAAAUGUUUACUUAUGUUUCCUAUUUGGCAGAGGCAGCCCAAAAGGCAAAUAAAUCACAUGCUGUGAGCUGGCCAGGCCUUCGACUGUGAGAAACUGAGACCAAAAAGCAGAACAAGAGUUAAAGAGUAAAGGGUUUUCAGAUGUGAGUCCAGCCCAGCUUGGGUGUGCUCCCUUUUAUUUGGGAGAAUGGAGAGGACAAUCUUUGUUGCCUCCACCCCUUUAAAAAAAGGAAGAAAAACCUAAAGAAGCGUGUGUUGGAGAGAGGAAGAGCUGCUGCCAAAGCGCAGGGCCGUCAGACAGAUCUUCGCAGAACAUCUGGUAACCGCGGGUAACACUGUUUGGACAUCUGGUAACCGAAGGUUACACCGCGUCUCUUCCAUCCUGUCGGGUUUCCUGUUAUGCCUCGCUGUACACAGUCUGAGAAGUUUAGGUUUAUUAUACAUGGUCACCGGUCGGGGAAAACGCACCUUUAUUCAUUUUUUCUGACAUGAAGGGAGCACUUGGUUUCAUUGGGGUAUUCCUCUCCUUUCUCAGCGAUGACACUCAUGGAGAGUCUACCUUCCUAUCAUUUGCUUUUGGGAAUGAUAUUCAUAACUGUCCGACCUAUUGCAGCCUCUGUGAUCAGUUUUAUGGUGCACCAACAAUGGUUUGCCUCUCCAACCUGCUUGACCUUAUUUGUCUCCCCAAAUUUGAUGACGCAAUGACAUCACUAAACAGCUCUGACUGGUGCAGUUGGAGCAAUGUGAGCAGUUUGUACAGUAACCUCAGCCUUUGCACGGAGGAGAUAUCUGACUGUCUGUUGAUCCCGUGGCCCAACACGCUGGUGGAACAGAUCUUUGUCGACAUUCACUCCACGUUUUUCAAGGAUUGUCCCACAGAGGAGCUAAGCGACCCGGCGCCAAUGAUUGUCUUUGCUUUGGUGAUAACUCCCAUCUGCCUAAUCCCUAUCAUGGUUAGCCUGGUGGUGCUCAAGACCAAGAACGGGGAUGGCAGCUCCUGAAAAUCUUGGCUCUGCUCACAACCACCAAGAAUAUUAUAUUUUUGAUCUGCGCUUUCCCUCCUUUCCCAACCUGAGGACUACAGCUUGUCUACACAUACACCGCAGCUGCGUUUUCAUCUCACCAGUGACCUUGCAGAGGACUGAGAUAUCAGCCAGAGAGGAAGAGAAGAUGACACUGAUGUAGAGGGAAUGUCAUAAUCAGUGGCAUCACUAUGAUCAAUAACAACCUCCCAGAUGCUAACAGAGACACACUGUGACAAAAUCUAUGUUAUUAUAUAAAAUCCUGAAGCUACCAUACUGUGACAAAAGUUUUGUUUUCAACCGCCCCACUUGAGAUCUGAGCAUGUAUCUAUUGGUCACAUCCAGUUUGCACACACUAUUCAGAAAACAGAGCUUGAUUGUUUUUUUUUUACUGGAGAACCCAGUGUUCAGGGUUAUGGUGACAAAAGUUCUGGAGCUUGCAAAAGUAAAGUAAAAAAUGUAUUUGUGUUGACUCUCCUUAAUAUGUUGGACAGCAGUUAUGUUGAUAAAAGACAAGGUAAUUUUUA